AUGAGUACGACGUCAAAGCUGCCGCCCCUCCCGCGGACGGUCAUACUAGACUACUACGAUUCGUAUACAAAUAAUAUCCUGACGCUAUUCACAAAGCUGUACUCGGACGAAGAGGUGCUCAAGAAGGUCGUGGUGAUCAAGCAUGAUCGAUAUACAUGGGCCGAAUUCCAGUCAGCUAUUCUGCCAUCGGUGGACUGUGUGAUUCUAUCCCCUGGUCCUGGGAGACCUGACAAACCAGCUGACAUCGGAUUCGGCCUCGAUCUGCUCCGAUCUCACCUCGUCCCGAUCUUGGGCGUAUGUCUCGGCCACCAAGCCAUCGGAGUAGCUUUCGGCGCCAAGAUCAUCAACACCCCUCGGAUUACACAUGGGCAUGUCAUCUCCGUCGCGCCCGUGCGGCCCGCCAAGGGUCUAUUCGCUAAGCCGGAAUGGACCGAGGCGGGCGAGGGAGGUUUUGACGUGGUGGUGUACAACAGUCUGACUGUAGAUUCGGCAUCCCUGCCAGAUGAGCUAGAAGUGACUGCUUGGUCCGCCCCCAAGGUUGGGUCGGAGCGCACCAUCCAGGGUCUAGCCCACCGGGACUAUCCUAUAUGGGGCGUUCAAUAUCACCCGGAGUCGAUAUCGUCCACGCGCGGCCCGGACCUGCUCCGCUCCUUCCUCGCCUCCGUACACACCUUUCACGCCCAACCGCCCUCGUACCCUGCCCUCCCAGAACACAUCAUCGCGUCGUGCUCAUACCGCGUCACCACACCCCCGGCGGGAUCAUCCCGCCGCGCGGGCCACAGGCCAGGAAGGGGCACACCGAUGGUCUCGCCCUACCCUACACCCCCUAUCUCGCGGGAGGGGUCGUCGAAUAGUAGGACAGAAGGACGAGGUGGAUUCGGAAGGAUGAGGUUGGUGGAGAGGCGCUAUGGGGAUAUAGGCCGGCAUGAGAACACGGGGGAUGUGUUCCAAGCGGUCGUCAAGGCUCAGAGUAGGAAAGGGAAGGAGAGGGUUAUUGGGGAGGUAUGGCUCGAUGGGGAGACUCCGACCAGACCAACCACAACCUCCCUCGCUACCCCUUUGUUCCUACUCACCUACUCCCUCUCUUCGCGGCGCGUCGCCCUCCAUCGUUCUGGCGCGUCACCGGUGUCUUUGAGUCUGGAGGAAGAGACAUUUUGGGCGUGGUUCGGGGAAGGGCAGAAAUGGCUUUCCGCCACUCUUACGCCAGGGGUGGGGUCGGAUCGAGAGGCACCUGGGGGAUGGAAAGGCGGUUGGGUGGGCUGGAUGGGAUACGAGAUGAAGUCGGAGAGUCUGGCGGGGUAUGCAAGGCGGUCUAAGCGGGUGCGCGGGGAACGAAAUGGGGACGCAGCAGAGCGAGAAGAGGUGGAUGCUGCGUGGGCGUGGUGUGAUCAUAUCCUCGAGAGGCGGUCGGACGGAGAAUGGGUCGCGGAGGGCAUCGUACUCGACGAGUCUAUCGGGUCCUCAGGCCAUACCGACGAGAAGGACGAAGGCGGGGGUAUGAUUCCCUGGCUCCUCUCUGUCGGAAUCACCUUCGCUUCUCCCCAAUCUACCUUCGACACUUGGUCCGCCGAUAUCUCCAACACACUAGCAAACGUUCCCGCACCGACUGUACUUCCAGUGUCGAGAUUACCGGACUUCAAGCCUGUCUCGACGGGCCAAGAGUACAAGAGGCGGAUCGGGGUCUGUCGGGAGGCGAUCCGACAAGGGGAGUCAUACGAGUUGACUCUCACCACCAAAUUCACUGCCACGCUACCUCCAUCCUCCUCCUCAUCCUCUACAGCGGCGCCCGCUCUCUCCUCUUCGCCCGCCGAUAUCGGCGCCAGCGACGGUCUCACCGACCCCCUCAGUCUCUACCUCCACCUCCGGACCGCCAACCCCGCCUACUACUCGACAUACCUCCACUUCCCCACCCUUCCCUCUCGAUCCACCUCUCGCACCCAGACUACCGCCGCGGGUAUAGCCAUCAUCUCGUCCUCGCCCGAACGAUUCCUCAAGAUCGAAAAGGGCGUGGUGGAGAUGAUGCCUAUAAAGGGUACACGAGCGCGGGUCAAGCCGGGCGCAUGUGUUUGUCGGUCUUCCACUGAGAUGGGGGACUACGAGGAAAGAGGGGGAUGUCUGGGUGGGGAGAGGUGUGCAGAGUGGGCGAGGGAGGAAGAUAGGCGGAUAGGAGAGGAGUUGAGGUUGGAUCCGAAAGAACGGGCCGAGAAUCUCAUGAUCGUCGACCUGAUCCGCGCCGACCUCCUAUCCUCCUGUCCCCCCUCCUCCGUCCUCGUCCCCAAACUCAUCGCUUUAGAGUCAUACGGCGUCCACAAUCUCGUCACCACCGUCCGCGGCCAGCUCGCGCCGAACGUAGGCGUCGUAGAGGCGGUAGCUAGAUGUUUCCCGCCGGGGAGCAUGACGGGGGCUCCAAAAUUGCGGAGUGUAGGGUUGUUGGAGGGGAUUGAACCUGAUGAGGGGGAGGAAGGGAGGAGGGGGGUGUAUUCGGGCUGCCUCGGCUACUUUUCGAUCGACGGGACGGCAGAUCUCAGCGUCGUCAUUCGGACUAUCGUGCUCAAGGGUGAUCAGUUGAGCCUGGGCGCUGGCGGGGCCAUCACAUGGCUCUCGGACCCCGAGAAGGAGUGGGACGAGGUAUUGACAAAAGUGCGGUCUGUCGUUGGGAAGCUGAACGGGGUAGCUUAA